GAACACCACUGGGAUCGUUUGCCCCGACCCCUUCCCGCCGCCCCGUCCCUAACCCCACACAAGAUGUCAGAAGACCUAGCAAAGCAGCUGGCAAGCUACAAAGCUCAACUCCAACAGGUUGAAGCUGCAUUGUCUGGAAAUGGAGAAAAUGAAGAUUUACUAAAAUUAAAGAAAGAUUUGCAAUGGCUCUCUGCAUCCCCGAAACGCCUUCCUUCAGUAAGCAGAGUGCUUGAGUGCACCCCCUUUGACCUGCUGAUAUGUAGAUCACAACAUCUGAUGCUUCCUGGAAUUGCCGAUUACUGUAACUGCUGCCCAUCUGUCAAUGAAGGAGCAGUUUCAGAACUCAGACUUGGGGGAGGAAAAGUAAUUAAUGGAAGUUAUAGAACUAACCAAAGACCUUCUGUCAACUCAACCUUCUGAAACUCUUGCAAGUUCAGACAGCUUUGCUUCUACUCAGCCCACUCAUUCAUGGAAAGUAGGAGACAAGUGUAUGGCAAUCUGGAGUGAAGAUGGACAGUGUUAUGAAGCGGAGAUUGAGGAGAUAGAUGAAGAAAACGGCACGGCGGCAAUCACCUUUGCUGGCUAUGGCAAUGCCGAAGUGACCCCACUGUUGAACCUCAAGCCUGUAGAGGAAGGAAGGAAGGCAAAGGAGGACAGUGGUAACAAACCCAUGUCAAAAAAAGAAAUGAUUGCCCAGCAGCGUGAAUAUAAAAAGAAGAAAGCCUUGAAAAAAGCACAAAGAAUAAAAGAACUUGAGCAGGAGAGAGAGGAUCAGAAGGUGAAAUGGCAACAGUUCAACAACAGGGCUUACUCUAAAAACAAGAAAGGCCAGGUUAAAAGGAGUAUUUUUGCUUCACCUGAGAGUGUAACUGGCAAAGUUGGAGUAGGAACUUGUGGAAUUGCUGAUAAACCUAUGACACAGUAUCAAGAUACCUCUAAAUACAAUGUCAGGCAUUUGAUGCCUCAAUAAUCAGAAAAACUGUUGGAUUUCAUCUCUGCAGGGCUUUACAUUUACCUUUUUAUCCUUAUAUUUUUCUAAAGGUAAAUUAUUUGUUAGAGUAAGAAAGAUACCAUUGUCAUCCUUGUUUGACUUCAAUAGAAUGAAACUUGAAGAAAUUGCAUUUAAUAACUGCUAUUCAUUUAACUUUUUUCAUUACUACUACCACAGUUUCCUCAAAGGUUGUUGGAUAAUGCAACUUUUCUAGAUAGGUGCUGUAUAAAUACAGCACUUAAAUGAAUUGUUGAUCUUCCUAAUAUCAGGCCCCCACUUGAUGGUAUGCUUUCUGUAAAGUCCUACCUUGGAAUUUUCAGAUGCUUUGAACUUGCCACAUGCUCUAGCAAUUCACUGGGACAUCAAGCCAGGACACCAACGUGCUAUAGAAAUCUUAUCAUUUUUUUCUUAUCUUCAACUUAAACCUAGCUGUUGCCCUCUUAACCCUAAAACUAGGUUAAUUUGUAAAUGUCAGAGUUUGUUUUGAGGUUUUUCCUUCAAUAACUUGUUUCCUAAGCCUAUUAGACCAUUUCUAAAAUUGAUCCAGCUCUUUUAUUCAUUGAGUUUUAGUUUUAUGUAAGAAACCAUGUUUAGGACCAGCUACCUUUUCUAAUGUUUUGGGGUUUUUUUUUUGUUUUUCUUUUUUAUAUUUGCUUUUUUCCUGCAUUGAUUUUCCUCUUACGGUAGUGGUACCAUUUUUUGGACGUAUAAUGUUUAUAUGAAAAUACAAAAGCUGAUGUAUAGCCCUGUAUACAGUGUAGAUACUAUUUUUGUAAAAAAAAGAAACAACAAAAAAAAAACCAAGGCUAAAUUAAUGAACAAGAGUACUGAAUGUUUCAUCAUUAAAAAUUUAUUGUAUUUCUUGUACAUUAAUCUGACCAUAAUUUCCCUGUAUAUUAUGUUCAUGUAGUUGAGUUUGUAAUUUUUGUUACCUAGAUCAAGUUGUCAGCAUAUGUUGGUAUAAGUGAACAUCGGUUAUCCUGAGUUGAGUUUAAGCCAAAUAUAUGCAUAGAAAAGAGUCUUCCUAUUAAUGGAAGCUGGUGAUUUUUUAGGAUGUGUGUUAAUUUGUUUUUGUAUGUUUAACUUUUAUUAAAUAAAGUGUUUUUAAAAUCUCCAGGGUGCAUUAACAAAAGGGUGGUGAAGUCUUAGCUGCCAGCAUUGAUACAGUGAUUAAGUUCGAUGUACUUGCAUACAUCAUUUCUACAAAAAAGAAUUCUAAGUAUGUGAUAAAGAUUUCUACAAGUCCUGUGUACUCCUGUCAGACAUAAGAAAUUAGAUCCAUAAAAAAAUAAAAGUAUCCUAAAGGACAAACCAGUUUUCUUUUAAGGGCUUGUGCUAUGUAUAGACGUAUUUAUGUUUUUGGUAGAGGGGGGCAAAUAAAAGUUUUUAUUUCAUGAA